GUCACGUGAUAGCUUAAUCACGAGAUACAAAAGAAGGAAGUACUGUUUGUCACAUGACAUACCGUACUUCAUGUUAUUUCUGCUUGCUUUGGGGUGCUAGCAGAGUCGGGAAAGAUGCGUUGUUUGGCGCUCUGUGUGCUGCUGGGAACAAUGGGGGCAAUGGGGGCCCCAGAUAAGGAUGAGAUCAAAUUCCUCCCGGGACUACAGAAACAACCCAGCUUCAAACAGUAUUCAGGCUAUCUGGACGUCGCUGGGAACAAGCACCUGCAUUACUGGUUUGUGGAGGCUCAGAAAGACCCGGCCAGCAGCCCCGUGGUUCUGUGGUUGAACGGAGGCCCAGGGUGCAGCUCGCUGGAUGGACUACUGACGGAGCAUGGCCCUUUUCUAAUUCAGGAUGAUGGCGUCUCACUUGAGUACAACCCUUAUGCUUGGAACAAGAUUGCCAAUAUGCUCUACCUGGAAUCACCAGCAGGGGUUGGCUUUUCCUACUCGGAUGACAAGAAAUAUGCCACCAAUGACUCAGAGGUGUCCAUGAACAACUACUUGGCCUUGAAGCGGUUUUUCCAGCUUUUCCCAGAGUACAAGAAGAAUGAGUUCUUCAUCACGGGCGAGAGCUACGGGGGCAUCUACAUUCCAACACUGGCAGAGCGCGUGAUGGAGGACAGCAGCAUUAACCUGCAGGGUAUCGCUAUAGGGAACGGGUUGUCCAGUUACGAGAUGAAUGACAAUUCGCUGGUUUAUUUCGCUUACUACCACGGGCUCCUGGGAUCGAGGCUGUGGACAGACUUGCAGUCGUACUGCUGUAAAAAUGGAACGUGUGACUUCUACAACAACCGAAAUCAAAACUGCACAAAGAAUUUGGCAGAGGUGCAGUAUAUUGUGUACCAGUCUGGGCUGAAUAUGUAUAACCUGUAUGCUCCCUGUGCUGGAGGGGUACAUGAGAGAGUCAGGUAUGAAAAUGGCCAUCUGGUGAUUCGUGAUUUGGGAAACCACUUCAUCCGCCAUCCCUGGACUGCAAUGUGGACUGAGAAACUCCGCGGAAUAGCCUCCCUCCACAAGUCGGUGAAGCUGGACCCGCCCUGCACCAACUCCACCCCCUCCACCCUGUACCUGAACAAUGCCUACGUCCGCACCGCCCUGCACAUCGCGCCCGCUGCCCUUACGUGGGCCAUCUGCAGUGCGGAGGUGAACUUCAACUACAAACGGCUGUACAUGGACGUGAGGAAGCAGUACCUGAAGCUGCUGGGGGCGCUGAAGUAUCGCGUGCUGGUGUACAAUGGAGAUGUUGACAUGGCCUGUAACUUCCUUGGGGAUGAGUGGUUUGUAGAGUCUCUUCAGCAAGAGGUACAGGUAAAGCGCAGGACCUGGCUCUACAGUUCAGGAGAUGGUCAGCAGGUCGGUGGCUUCGUAAAGGACUUUUCCAACCUCAGUUUCCUCACCGUCAAGGGUUCGGGUCACAUGGUACCCUCGGACAAGCCAAUCGCUGCCUUCACCAUGUUCAGCCGCUUCCUGAAGAAGGAGCCGUACUGAGAUCGGGGCAAAGCCAUGACACUGCGCGCCGCCCCCUUGUCACCCCUCGUAGGGUAUCUGUGAUUGGAUACCGCCACUGUAUAGCCAUGUUGUACCUCGCUAACACCUACCGCUAGCUGUGUGGCCUCUUUGCACUCCCUGCGCAGCAGGCCUGGGUCAAAUACGUAUUUGUUUUGGAUUCAAAUACUUUUCUAUGCUCUAUUGAUCUUGCCUGGUGUAAUUGAGCCCGCCAGUAUGACCAGAAGGCGGGAUUUGCACUUUUUGAGAGUAUUUCAUUGGUUCCAGUACACCAGGCAAGAUCAGUAAAGCAUUGAAAAGUAUUUGAAUCCAAAUAAAAUAUGUAUUUCACCCAGGUCUGCCAUGCAGUCCCCCCCUCCUCACUACUGCUGUGCACUGUGAGUGGGUUGAUCAAAAAAUACACCCAGGAGCAGUACUGAUAAUUCAGAGGUGUCCAAUCUUGUCUGAAAAGGACAGGUGUGUUUGUGGGCUAUUGCUCUGUUCCAGUACUACCAACACUGGAUUCAGCGAAUCAAGUAAGGGAUGUCUGACCAGCCCUUCUUGGAUAUGUCAUGUUUGCACAUGCUCGGGGUGUACAGCAUCAGGCUAUAUUACUAUAAAUGCACAUCUUUUUUUUUAUACUAGUGUUGGGUAAAAGCAAAUGCAUUUUUUUGUAUAUGUGGAUGAAAGGCUGCUUUCGUAUCCCCGAAAACUGCUGUGAUGACCAGGUACUGCUGUAAAUAAUUUACUGCCUGUUGUAGAUUCCAGCGCUUCCGAUUGUCAUGCCUGCCUUGCUAUGGACAAAAAAAAAAUCAUGUUAAUUAUUUGUUGGUCAAACUUGUUGAUCCAAGUGACACAACGUGAAUUGUAGACGUAACAAAAGGACUGCCAACUUUGCCUGUUUUUUAGUUUUAAUCAUUCCUAAGGUUGCCUACAAGUUAAUGGAUUUGAAGGGAAAAAUUGUUUAUUUCAGAAUAUCACCAAUUUGCCUUUUUUAAUAUUUUUGAUUCAUAUCAGCUACUGUUAGAAGUCUAAGUGUGUCUCCGUUACUUACAGAAACCAGGAUUCAGUGACCACUAUGAAAUGUCAAUCAAUUGAAGUUUAGGAAGAGAUCUGCGAGGAAAACUGUGUCCAAAUCGUAUGCUUGAAAAUGAAGUAUAAUUAUGUGUUCUUAAAAAGGGAUUAUAAAACAGCUGGUGUUUACUUUUCAUUGGUCUUCAGGUUGUUGACAAAUGUUUUUUGUCAAUAAACUUCUCUUCAAACAUUCUGA